GUCGCGAGCGAGAAGUGGUGGCUUCCAUGGCCCAUCUAUAACCGAGUAGUGCAUAUACAAAAUUAUGAACAAAAUAAUGUAACAUAUUUGUUUACAAUAUAAUAGUAUAUAGCAUUACGUAGGGCAGGAUUUUUUUCUGAAAAAUAACCAGCAGCCUACGCUUAACAAUUUUCAGGCACUUCGCCACGCGAACGCUUAAGCAGAAGGAAAAGAAAAAAAAAGGCCCCCGCCGCGGAAUAAACAUUUUUGCUGCGCAUAUAUUAAGUACAUCAUUAUAUAUAUUACAAUAUAUGGGAAUUUUUUUUUUUUUUUUUUGAAAAAAAAUUAUCCAAUUUUUACUCGCAAAACAAACGUUCGCCCAAUUUUAUGUAAUAGCAAAUCCCUUUAACAUUGUGGGAAACAAGAAAACGAAAGAAGGAAAAAAAACGAAAAACGAUUACUUGCAUCCGCGCGAGUUCCCCGUCGUGUUAAUCUUCCUCCCCUCCUUUUCACCAAAAUGCAAAUAUUCGUAAAAACAUUAACCGGAAAAACCAUCACCCUGGAUGUGGAGGCAUCCGAAACGAUUAGGAACGUUAAAUCAAAAAUUGAAGAUAAGGAAGGAAUCCCACCUGACCAGCAGAGGCUAAUAUAUUCAGGAAAGCAGUUGGAGGAUGUCAGGUUUGUGGCUGACUACAACAUCCAGAAGGAGUCCACCCUGCACUUGGUGCUGCGACUAAGAGGAGGAGCCAUCGAACCAUCCCUUGCCCAAUUGGCGCAAAAGUACAACUGCCAGAAAUUAAUUUGCAGAAAAUGCUAUGCCCGAUUACACCCAAGAGCCACCAACUGCAGGAACAAAAAGUGUGGAAGGACAAAUCAAUUGAGACCAAAGAAGAAACUCAAGUGAGCGCCUCAGCUCGGCGGGCACCGGAGUGCAUGUUGCAGAUCAUGGGGGGCACCGAGGUUGUAGAUGGAUUGUAAAGGGGAGUUUGAAGAGUCAUGUUCGCACCCGGCCCAUUCUCCUGCAUCGAAUUAUGCUGUUUCAUUAUUUUAUUUUAUAUAAUUUUUUUUCUUUUUUUUUUUUUUUCACCAUGUAUGCAUGCGUGCCAUACGGGGGAACCUCCCCCGCGUCUACUUCCCAAACAUGUCUGCUUGCCAAACAUGCCUGCUUCCCCAACAUGCUUCUUUAAACCACGUCUUUGAAUGACCUUCGAAGUGCACCCCCGCGUAUGCGCACCUUUGCGCGAAUGGCCAUGCGCAUCUCAACGUUUU